UUGGCACCGGAAGCGCAACAUUACAUCCGGGAUGUGAACGUCUCCGUCUGUUUAUAUUUUGAGGACCGCCUCAAAUUGAACAGCGCGAGACAGUUUGGUUCUUAAUAAACGUCCCACAAAACAACAACAACUGACAUCUAUGCCAGCUGGCCCCGCCGCUGCCUGUCACCAUGCCCGCCCUACUGGAGAGACCCAAGCUGUCUAACGCGAUGGCCAGAGCCCUCCACAAGCACAUCAUGAGAGAGAGGGAGCGCAAGAGACAAGAGGAGGAAGAAGUGGACAAAAUGAUGGAGCAAAAGAUGAAAGAGGAGGAAGAGAGGAAGCGGACAAAAGAAAUAGAGGAGAGGAUGUCUUUGGAGGAAACCAAAGAACAGGUAAUGAAAAUGGGGGAAAAACUUCAAGGACUCCAAGAAGAGAAACACCAGCUCUUCUUGCAACUCAAGAAGGUACUUCAUGAAGAGGAGAAGAGGCGCAGAAAGGAGCAGAGGUAUGAUAUCACAACCUUGACAUCGGCCAGCUACCAACCCAGCCUGCCCAUGCAUGCAGGGCAGCAUCUCCUCAGCAUUCAAGGCAGCCCAGUCAGCCACAGUCGACCUGGCGCGCUACUUGGAGAACGUAGUAAACAGCUGUUCCCAACUGCUGUGAUUCCAGCUCGUCACUAUCAAACUCCCGGGUUCAGCUCGGGCUCAGCAGAGCAUGGGCAGUUCAGCGGUAGCCAGGGGGUCCAUGAGUCCUACGGGGUGGCUCAGGUCCAGCAUCCCUCCACCUACGCCCCUGGACCAUCAGUACCUGUCAGUUUCGCAAGCAGUUCUCAGAUCAGAGGUGCUUCUGCAUUUCAGGCCAUGCAGUACCUCCCCCACCAGCAGCCUGGCUACCCUGUCCACAGUCACUUCACCUCCCAGCCUGGAUACAUUCCCGGAGCAGGGAUACCCCUCCAGAAGCAGCUGGAACAUGCCAACCAACAGUCCGGCUUUACCGACGCAGGUGUUUUGAGGCCGAUGCAUCCACCAUCCAUGCAUCCUUCUGCUCCGGGACUGCUGCCCACACCAUCGCUGGCAGUCCAGAUUUCCACUGCAAAGGUCCCGUUUCAGACCUCUCCCCAGGGUGCUCCUCGACACGGCUUCCUCCCCCACAGCCAAAGCGGGCAGAGGUUCUACCACCAUGGCAAGUAACUGGCCUUCAUCGUCACAGAGCUUCCCUCUCAAUUCUGGAGAACCUUUUGGACGAGUAAUCGACUUUUCCAGAUAAAGUAAUUUGGCUGGAUUAUGCCUUUUUAUUAUGAGUUGUUUUAUUUCAUGUACAGUAUCUUCUGUUUUUUUUUUUCUUCUGCUUUUUUUUAAAUAAGUGAUUCUCAGUUUUCAUGCUUUUUUUUUUUCUUUUUUUUUUUACAUAACCUAAAAUUAAGUUAAUUUAUAAAAUAGAUUAUUUUCACAGAAGCAAAAAGGAGAAACUAACAGGUGCUCUCAGAUGUGAAUACAAGGUGCUCUUGAAAUAAAAAAGUCAAGUGUAGACAAAGGGAAGCCUCUUUCAAGCUGUGCCCUGAGGAAGACCCCAGUUGUACUUUUGAACUUUGAUGUGUCCUAAACCUAAAACGGCAUUUAACCUUCAUAAUGGACUGCAGGUUUUCCUGAAGUAAAGCCAGAGGUUUCUUUUUGUCUACAGAUUAUUUGACCUACAUUGUACAGAUGUUCUGGAGGAGGAUGUUCACUAAAAUGUCAAUAUCUUGUAUAAAAGCCAGAAAUGUUUCUUUGUUUACUAACAUUCAUAAUUACAACAUCAGUUCCAUGACUCACUAAAAAGUAGGAGAAAAAAAACAGAAUAGAGGAAAAUAUUCAGCAAUACUUGGUAGUUGAAUUUACAGUUUGUAGAUUAAGUCUACAUGUUUUCCCCUAACGUGACGUUCCCACUGAACACUGUUACUGAAGGGCGUUGACCGAAGGAGUCCAUUUCACUGUGUUGUUGACUUUGAUCACAAUGGACCCAAUACGGCUUGUUACCACAAAUUAAAUCAAGAUGACCAUUUUUCUUCCAAAAUGAUGGAGGAUUUCCAGUGUUUUUUGCUGUUUUUAGAGCUUUUAUGUUGCUAAAUAAAAUAAGCAAAUGCCAAGCGCAA